AUUUUUAAUAUGCUCCAAUCAAGAUCUGACCGUUUUUUGCUUAAUUUGCAAAUCUUCUUCCUAAUUAGCCUGUUUUUCCAAGAAACCUUACAAUUUUCGGUCAGGGAACGGUCCAUAUUACUAAGCUUGAAACGACACUGGAGGGAUUCGGAGUUCCUCCAGUCAUGGGAUUUGAAUUCUUCAGCAUGCACUUGGUCAGGAGUUUCGUGCAUCAAUGACCGGGUAGUGACUCAACUAAAUCUUGGAGAAAAGAACAUUACUGGAAACAUUCCAUCAACAAUAAUAUGUCAGCUCAAGAACCUUACCUUCAUUGAUCUCUCCAACAACAACAUUUCAGGAACUAUUCCAGUAGGCCUGAAAGAUUGCUCAAUGUUACAACAUUUGGACUUGUCCAAUAAUUCUUUGAGCGACCGGAUUCCAGGUGAGUUGUUUGGGAUGAAACAGUUACUCAGUUUGUAUCUUAAUGGUAACAUGUUGUCUGGUGAGAUGCCAAAACAAAUAUCAUCUCAACUGGAAAAUCUUGAUCUUUCUGAGAAUCACUUGAACGGUUCGAUACUAGAAGAUAUUGGAAACUUGAAAAAUCUUUUGAAAUUGGAUCUGUCACAUAAUUCUCUCAGUGGUUCAAUUACAAGCAAGUUGUUUCAGUUGCAUAAUUUGCGUCACCUGUCGCUAAGCUCCAACUACUUGUCCGGUGUGAUACCUGAUGAAAUGGACUUGUUUAGUUUAUACGAUAUGGAUCUUUCACAUAACCAAUUGACUGGUUCUAUACCAAAGGAACUUGCGAAUUCAGCUGAACUGGAUGCUUUGGAUUUGUCGUAUAAUCAGUUAUCAGGAGACAUUUCAAAAAGUAUAGAGCAUCUUAGGCCUAUAAAUACUUUAAGGCUUUGUUCCAACAAAUUCUCAGGACGGAUUUCUUCUGAAUUUGUUAAUCUAACAUAUGAAGUGAAUUGCUUUGAUGAGUCCAAUCUUUCUUCUACAUCCAACAAUCGAAAACUUUUGAGAUCACAAUACUUGAUUAUUCCUAUUGUAGGAGUUGGGGUAGCUAUACAGUUAUCAUGGAUCUUUUACAGAACAAGAAAGCAUUGGUGGAAAACAAAGAAGCAGAAUGUCAAAGAUGACAUGAAGUUCAUUUCAUUUCAGAAGUUGAAGGUGACUACAGAAGACAUUUUGUCUAGCUUGAAAGACGAAAACAUAAUAGGAAAUGGAGGAUCAGGGAAGGUCUAUCGAGUUGUGAUAGACCAAACAGGCAAUACUUAUGCUGUUAAAAGCAUAGGGCAUGGAGAAAAAUCAGGUGGAAGACCCCAAAAGGAGUUCCUGGCAGAAGUUAGAACACUUGGUAGCAUUCGACACAACAACAUUGUCAAGCUCAUGUGUUGCAUCUCAAGUUUAGACAGAAAGCUUCUAGUCUAUGAAUACUUUGAGAAACAAAGCCUCGACAAAUGGCUUCACAGAAAGAAAAGUGCAGUAUCAUCGGGUCAAAGUAGUACCCCGGCCUUGGAUUGGCAAAAGAGAUUAAAAAUAGCCACUGGUGCAGCGCAAGGACUCUGCUAUAUGCACCACGACUGUACUCGAUCCAUCAUUCAUAGAGACAUUAAGUCCAGCAAUAUCCUUCUGGACUCAGAAUUCAAUGCAAAAAUAGCAGAUUUUGGACUAGCAAAAAUACUAUCCAGGAGGGAUGAUAAUCCUGAGACAGCUUCUGCUAUUGCUGGAACAUUUGGUUACAUUGCACCAGAGUAUGCCUCGACAUUUAGAGUGAAUAUAAAGACAGAUAUAUAUAGCUUCGGAGUGGUGCUAUUGGAAUUAACAACAGGGAGACAACCCAUUCUCAGAGAGUACCAAAUGAAUCUAGCACAAUGGGGUCAACAGCGUUACAAAGAUGGGAAUUUCAUUGUUGCCCUUGAUGAAGAAAUCAUGGAAACAAGUAAUGUGGAACAAAUGAGAGGUGUUUUUAAACUAGGACUAAUGUGUACCGGAGCAUCACCAUCUAGUAGGCCGUCAAUGAAGGAGAUCUGCAACAUUCUUCAAAGUCUCAGAGACUCCAUAUUUUGAGAGAAUAGAAUGUUUUGCCUUACAUAGAUAAAUGUAGUUGUAUUUUUUUUAACAGAAUGAGAAAGUCGUGUUGAUAACGAUUUCCUCCAGCAAUGUAUACUUUAGUAAUACUGUCAGAGGACAUUUUUUAUCCUCAGACAAAUCAAUAGCCUCAUCUGGUUUAAGUGGUGUCAAACACAAGGGCCUGUAAGCUUUACCUUAGAAUGUGAUUCCUUGUUCAUACUUGAGAU